UCCCGACGCCUUCUAAGAGCAACAGCACUUGAAAAAAGGGGGACAGAGAAAAGGAUGGAGGGAUGACAUGAAACGAUAAAACGAUGCAGAGAAAAGAAGGAGAGGACAGGACUGCGCGCUAAACCCGAUUGGUGUCAUGUGGCUAAAAUAUUUUAGGGAUAUUUCGCUUUUCCUCCUUCGUUCCUCAAACGAGCAGGUGGGCCGUGACUAGCAUCAUUAAAGCCCCUGAUAAACACACACCCACACACACCCGCACACACAAAAAUACACACACACUCGUUGUAAUAUAUAAGGUCAGGACAGCCCUAGUCAUACGCCCACGUACGCGCGGAGCGGACUGAGGAUGAGGAUUUGAUUUUUUAAAAUUUAUUUAUUUUUUUAAUCGCUGAUGCGCUGCAAAGUUGCGAAGAAAUUGGGCUUGAGUCGUGACAGCAUGGAUGUAUUUGGAGCAUCGUUUGGAACACUCGGCUUGUGUCGCCCCCCAAGGAUAUUCAGCUUCUGGAAGAUUUUUAUUCUGCUUAGCGUUUUCUUUCAUAACUAUCUGAGCUACAUGCCGGACUGUUCGCUCACUUGCGUCUGCUCGCCCACGGAGAUCUACUGCAAUAAGUCCGACGACAGCAAAUUCUCUCCGGUGGCCUGGAAGGACAGCGGGAACAACACCGAGGACAUCGAGGAGCUUUACCAGAACAUCACUUCCAUACACAUUGAAAACUGGACUGGUCUGCAGACUUUGAGGGAUGUUGAUAUGGAGCUCUACACUGGCUUACAGAGACUAACUAUUACCAGGAGCAGCCUGCAUACAAUCCAUGCACGUGUUUUUUCCAGGAACCCUCACCUACACUACAUAAAUCUUUCCAAGAACUCCAUGUUGACCACACUGUCCUGGCAGAUAUUUGACAAUCUUCAGCUCUCAGAACUCCAUUUGGAAGAUGUGGUGUUUGCCUGUGGCUGUAAGAUCCGUUGGCUCCAGCUAUGGCAGCAGCGAGGACAGGCAGCACUCAACAGCCAACAGUUAUACUGUGCCGAAGGCGACAGGAAGAUACUGCUUCAGGACAUGAACAUCAGCAGCUGUGACCUCCCUGAAAUCAGUGUUAGCCACAGCAACCUCACAGUUGUAGAAGGUGAUCGAAUAACUGCAGUUUGUAAUGGUUCUGGAUCCCCGUUACCUGAAGUGGACUGGCCUGUCAAUGGCUUGCACUCCUCUUCUACACACGAGGCUAAAUUCUACGACAACAUUCACUCCAUCAGCAUUACUUUGGUGAACGUGAGCAGAGACGACAACAACUUCCUGCUAACUUGCACUGCCACCAAUAUUGUAGGCAUGACCAAUGCUUCUGUUCAACUAACUGUUCACUUUCCUCCCAUCAUUGUGAAGCUGAAGGAACCAGAACGCCGCCAUGACACAUGCAUAGAGUUUACUGUUCGCGGUUCUCCCCACCCAACCUUGAGAUGGUUUUACAAAGAUACGGAAAUUUCCCACACUGAGUAUGUGCGACCUGAUAUGGCUAUCUACCAGGAUGACAUAGAGGGCUGCCUAACCUUUAAAAACCCAACACAUCACAAUAACGGCAACUACACUUUGGAGGCCACCAACUACCUGGGAGUAGCCACCAGUACUGUGUAUGGGCAUUUUCUUGACAAACCCUUCGAUGAUCCAGACCCAGAUUAUGAUUAUGUGACUCCAACUGUAGAUACUCGCAAACCUGAAGAAGAUGCUUUUGGGGUCUCUGUAGCAGUAGGCCUGGCAGGGUUUGCCUGUGUGAUGCUGGUAUUAGUCUUUCUUCUCAUAAACAAGUAUGGACGACGAUCCAAGUUUGGAAUUAAAGGUCCAGUAGCAGUGAUAAGUGGUGAGGAAGACUCUGCCAGUCCCCUUCAUCAUGUGAACCAUGGGAUUAUCAGCCCGUGCACACUGGAAUCGGGUUCGGAUGCAGUGGUUAUUGGAUUGACUAGGAUCCCUGUUAUAGAGAAUCCACAGUACUUCAAACAUGGACACAACUGCACCAAACCUACUACAUAUGUUCAGCAUAUCAAGCGGCGAGAUAUUAUUCUGAAGAGGGAGCUGGGAGAGGGAGCCUUUGGCAAGGUCUUCUUGGCAGAAUGCUACAACCUGAGUCCUACCAAGGACAAGAUGCUAGUUGCUGUUAAGGCUCUGAAGGACCCCACGCUUGCAGCCAGGAAGGAUUUCCAGCGAGAAGCUGAGCUGCUGACCAACCUCCAGCAUGAACACAUAGUGAAGUUCUAUGGUGUAUGUGUGGACGGAGACCCUCUCAUCAUGGUGUUUGAGUACAUGAAGCACGGAGAUCUCAAUAAGUUUCUCAGAGCCCAUGGACCAGAUGCCAUGAUCCUGGUGGAUGGGCAGCCUUUGCAGACAAAUGGUGAGCUGGGUCUGUCCCAGAUGCUUCACAUAGCAAGUCAGAUUGCUGCUGGAAUGAUCUACCUGGCAUCCCAACACUUUGUGCACCGUGAUCUGGCAACCAGGAACUGCUUGGUGGGAAAUGGCAUUCUGGUGAAAAUAGGAGACUUUGGCAUGUCCAGAGACAUUUACAGCACAGAUUAUUACAGGGUGGGAGGUCACACCAUGCUGCCUAUUCGCUGGAUGCCUCCAGAGAGCAUCAUGUACAGAAAGUUCACUACAGAGAGUGAUGUUUGGAGCUUUGGAGUAAUUCUUUGGGAGAUCUUCACUUAUGGCAAACAGCCAUGGUUUCAGCUCGCCAACAAUGAGGUAAUAGAGUGUAUUACUCAGGGCAGGGUACUGGAGCGCCCCAGACUUUGUCCCAAGGAAGUGUAUGAUAUGAUGCUGGGCUGCUGGCAGAGGGAGCCACAACAGCGCCUUAACAUUAAGGACAUUCAGAAGAUCCUGUUUACUCUGAUGAAAGCCACACCAGUCUAUCUGGACGUACUGGGAUAAAUAUGGACACAAGCAGAAAGGAAUAGACGUGUUCUGAGUAGAACUUGAUCAUUACUCGAAUACCAGUAGAUAGAUGGGGACAGAAAGAAAUGGAUUACCUCGGAUCAGAAGUCUGGUCUGGACUCACACCAUGAUGAAUCUAUGUAAACAUGGAUUAGGAGUGGACUAUACCUUGCAUCCAGCUGCCUGAUAUUUAAGGGAAAUUAAAUAAUGGUGGUAUAACGUGUAUUUCACAGGCCAAAAAUCAACUGGACUACACUGCAUUGUAUCAUUACCUAAAACAUGACUAACCAAAUUGUACUGGUCUGGCAUGAUUUCAUUUUCUUAAUAAUUUGGAUACCCUCCUUUCCUAGCAUACGCAUCUGCAUUUCAUCUUGUCUAGAUCAUUACAGCACUGGUUUGAUUGAAGUCUAGAUGAAGCCUGACCUAGCAUGUUAGAGUUUGGUUUGAAUGAUUGUCUGUCAUCACAGAAACUGACCUAAGUGCCUCCCACUUCUUUCUAAAAACUUGGAAAAGGUAGUUUUUCAAAAAAGAAAAUAAUAAUAAUAAUAGCACUUUUACAUUUUGUUUACAUGCCUAGAAAAAGGAAUGCUGGUUGUAAAAUAUUCUCUCUUUUCUUACAACAAACCAAUUUUCAGCAUUAUAUAUAUAAACAUAUAUAUAUUGCAAAAAUAUAAACCAAAACUCAAAAACUGAACUGAAAUAGAAAUCAUACAAAAAAUAGAAACCCUUUGCGGAAAAAAAUAAUGAACAGAAAAAAUACUUUUGGUACCUUUUGACAACAGAGUUAGACUAUCCAAGUUGAAGUUACUUUUUCGGUUUUUAAAAAUACAUAUUUUCUAUAUUUUAUAUUUAUUCUAUAUUAAUUACAAUAGUGUACAUCUACCAUUUUCCAAAGCCAUUGGAACAUGAUUCCUCUGAGUAGGAAAAAUCAUCAGCAAACGGAAAACAAUUGGCUCAGAGGGCUUACUUAAGAAGAUGAAGAUGUAAAAUUUAGUCAGCUUUAAGAUGGAUGUAUAUACUAUAAAUGUGUAUCUUGGGUCUUCUGUAUUUUGAGAUAUAUUGACUUCUUUCCUUUUCAAGAGUUUCAUUAUUUUGUAGCUUCUGAAUUUCUGUUCAAUGAUUAAGUGAAGGUCAGUAGUAGUUUAUUAACCUUUAUUUUCACUUGUGGGCAUAGAAUUAUAUUUACAGUAUUUGCCUCUUUCAGAAUUGUUUACAUUUCUGCAUAAAAAUGAUUCAAAAAAUUGUUAUGAGGAUUGUUAUGAGUCCAAAACAAGUUUACACUUUCACACAAGUCCGGAAAGUAAACAAAAAUCUUAUUUUCACAUAUUUGUGAGUUGUAAAAGUAAGUGAACCCUUACUGUAUUUUCAGUUCCUGGUGUGACUCUCUUAUGCAGCAAUAACAGCAACUAAAUGUGUUCGCUAACUAACUACUCAUCCACAAGAGCUUGGAGCCCAUUCAUCAUUAAAGAGCUGCUUAAGUUCUAAGAUCCUGGUGGGUUUCCUCACAUGAACUUCUUGCUGCAGGUCCUUCCACAGAACUUCCAUUAGAUUAAGAUCAGGGUUUUGAGUUGGCCAUUCUAGAUUAAUUUUGUUCUUUUUUAACCAUUCUUUUGUAGAACUUGUUUCCUUGGACUCAUUGUCUUGCUGCAAGAACCAGUUUCUAUUAAAAUUCAGCUCAUGAAAAUUCAGAAUUUAUUGGUCCACAAGCUGUCCUGGCCCAGAUGCAACGGAACAGACCCAAACAAGGACAUUAGCACCCCAUGUCUUAAAGACCAGGAUGAGAUGUUGGAAGGAGUUCUCCAAAUAUGAGCCUCUGAUUUAAACCAAAUAAUUUUACUUUGGUCUCAUCAAACAGUUUCCCAAUAGUCUUCAGAUUUGUCCACAUGAUGCUGAUCAAACUGCAGAUGCAAACCACAAAUGGUCUAUGUAAAGAGCAGUGUGUUUGUCCCUGCCACUCUGUUAUGCACACCAUAGUUGUUCGCUGUUCUCCUGAUGGUGGAUUGAUGAACAUUAAACUCGAGGCCUUUAGCUCCUUAGUUCCCCUAGUUCCUUUGUGACCUCUUUCAAUAUUAGAUCUCUUGCUUUCAGAGUGAUAUUUUUGAUCAGACACUCUUGUGGAGGGUAACAGUAGCCUUAAAUCUCCUCUAUUUUACUUUAGGGUUGUUUUCUUUCAGGACUUGUAUGACAAUCAGCUAAUGUUUGAGUUGUUUUUAUGCAAACAUGUAGAAAGUUCUGAGCGGCUCGUUUCACAUACAUUCUAUUCUACUGAAAUGCUUUCCAAAUUCACAUCCUGCUGCCUUCGAAUAUAUGUGAAAGCUUGUAUGUGAGCGUAUCAGUUUUCAGUUGUUUGAGACCUUUCACUUGGUUAAAUGGUGAUUCUAAAUUGCAUAUAAGUGUGCAUGUGAGUGUGAACGAUCUUUUUGUCUGUAUAUGCUCUGAUAGACUGGCAAAAUGUCCCAGUGUCCACUGCCUCUCACUGUGACAGCUGUGACAGCUAUAAGUUCUAGCCACUCUUGACUAACUACAAGAUAAGCUGUAAUAGAUAAUGGAUGGAUAUUUCAACAUUCCACUGUGUGUGUGUGGUUUUAGUAUAACCAAGUAAAUGAGUUUGGUGUCAUGUGUGUCUUUGAUAAGCUAAUUCUGAAUAGCCUCAACUCAUAUACAACUCUAUUUGCUGAAUACUGGGCUGUACUUUUUGCAGGUGUUCAUGUCCAUUGCUUUGUCAUUCAUUCAUUAGGUCGCCAGCCUAUUAAGAAAGACAACUAUUCACACUGGUAUCUCAUUUAGAGCCGACUAAUUAACCCAACAAGCAUGUCUCCUGACUAUGGGUUCAAGCCAUAAUAGUAAUUUUAAUAAUAAUGUUCAUGUUUAUUGAUCUGUAUUCUGAUUUGAACUCACUUCUAUUGAUUUCUUUUGUACCCAUGUGAUCCUGUGCUACAGUGAAUCUAGAAAAACCUCAGGGUAGGUAAACAGAGCUGGCUAGAUGCUGCUCUCACAAUGUGCAGCUUUUCACAUUGUUGAAGAAAUUUGUUCUAGCAUUGUUUGAGAGACUAAACCAUGCAGUACAGGAAGCAUUACUGCAGUCAGUCAAUAACGCUUAGUCUUAUAGUGUGUCACUUGUAUGCGACUUAUGAUAAUGUUUUCUUUGAUUCACUCUGUUAAUACACACUUACUCUUCCCCCUUUUUCUAUGUUUUGACAUUUUUUAAUCAUUGUUCAUGGUAAACUCAUUUUAGAACCAUAUUGUUCAUUUGCUUUCUGUCUUUUCUCAAGUAUUUAUGGAUGGAUGAAUAUGUUAGAACCAUUAUUACUCAACAAGUCAAUGCCUUUCUCUUUUCUUCUCUUCUCUUUCUCUCCUUCCCUUCAUCUCUCUUUCUACAUCUAAAGUGUUUGCUACUCAUACCCAUACAGGGCUCUACAUAUUAGAACAAUUUAGCAACUUAUACAACAUCUUUCUAAAAAGCUCAGAUGUGGUGAGGUGUUAAGGUUGCUCGGUGUAUGAUUCUGACCCAUUAAAAUGUACUUCACUGAA